AUGGGAGAUUCAGUACCUCUAAAACUAGCACUGCCAGAGCUGAAGUAUCCUAUUGGUUCACAGCCAAAGGAAAAGUCAGCAAUCAACCAAUACUCUGGUUCAGAUUAUAUCUCUAUUGUCAAAAGCAUCCUAAAACCAGAUGAGAUGAUAAGAGUCCGAGGAUCAUUUCUGGGACCUGUAAUGAAGCUCAGUGAGAGAGGAUUGAAGUUAUCAGCAAAGAUAGUCUACGCCAUUCUCACUAGAAGCAUCGUUUCUGUCAAGGAGAAUGAAGCCUGGUUCCAUUUCGGUGCGCAGCCAAUGAGGUUCUCUAUAAGAGAAUUUCAUAUGAUGACAGGCUUGAAAUGUAGUGGUGCAUUAGAAGGACCACGAAGGGAAACCGAGAGAUUUAAUUGGGAAUUGCUAAAGGGGCGUAGUCAUAAGUUAAGUGACGUGGUGGACCAGCUCAGAAACACAAGAGAAGAUGCUUCUGAGGAGAGAGUAUGCCUCGCAAUGCUCAUCCUGGUAGAGAGCAUAUUAUUGCGGAAGAGCAAAGGAGGGAGUUUUCCUUUGGAAUAUGCGAAAAAUGCACAGGAUAUGACAUAUCCAUGGGGAAAAGAGGCUUACAUUGUGCUCCUGAAGUCAAUUCAAAACGCUGUCGCGAAUCAUUUGGAGAAUAAAUCCAAAUUUGAGUUGCAAGGUUAUCCUCUAGUAUUCCUUCUUUGGAUACUAGAGUCGAUUCCUUUGCUAAGGGAUAAGUUCAGUAAGUGUGUACCAACAGUUGAGGUUCCUGGGCCGACUUACUUGUGUGAAAAAUACACUGAGGUAGAGAAUCCAUCACUUGAUAGGGUUUUACAGGUUGAAGCUGAUACAAAGCUGAAGGUCCAUUGCAUACUACCUUCUAUUCCUCAUGAUCCAGAAGAUGAUAUCUCCAUUGAAGACAAAUAUAGUGACGAGCUGGAAACAGUGAAAGAUGUAACAAAGAAAGGGUACAAGAUUACAGCCGAUGACUGGGAAAAUAGGUGUGUAGACACAUUUGACACAUUGGAUGCUCUUAUUCAAAUGAUGGCAAAUAAGGAGACUGGCCAAGCUUCUACUCCGAUUGAUGAGGAUUCAGUAAAUGAAAAAGUGAACAGGAUCAUCACGGUAAUGGAGGAGAAUCUGAAGAGCAUGAAGGAUCGAAUGUCAUUACUAGAAGAAGAAAACAUACAUCUUAGAGCUCGUGUGUCAGAGUUGGAAGGAAACAACAAUGUUUUUCCCACUAACGUGACACAAAAGGAGACAAUGAUUGAAUCAGCUGCAUCUCCAAAGUCUCAACAAAAUGAGGAGACAAUGAAUGAAUCAGAUGAUGAAACUCUUGCCCUUGAUACUCAAGCAUUCUCUCCUAAUCUGACAAAAGAGAAAGAAACAGAAACGUCUACCGAUGAGAGGCCAUCCAAUCCUAAUCAAGAUGGAAAACCAGAUGAUGAGAUUGUGAUUGAGUCACCUGCUGCUCAGACUCAAGUUUUGCAAAAAGAAACACUGGAAAUGAAUGAGACACCUUCUUCUCCAAUAUCUCCAAAGAGUAUUGAGGCUCAAGUUUUUACUCCAAUUCAGAAACAGCAGACGGUAACAGAGGAAACGUAUGAGGCUACACAGCCAUUGACUGAGAUCAUUUCAGCAAACAAUAAAAAGGAGGAUACACAUGCUGUGCAUCACACACCUUCCUCUCCAUUGUCUUCACUAAUUGCACUAGUUAUUGAAGAAAAUAAGAAUGCUUUGAGUGAGACAGAAACUGCGACCCAAUAUUUUUCUACAAGUGAAGGAGAGCAUACACAAUCAAGCAGAAAGAAUCAAGCAGAAGAAUAUCUCAAGGAUACUACAGAACCUACUACUGAGCUAGUUUCCACAGAUGUUUCGAAGACACAGCCUCUUACUCCGCAAACACAGCACCUUCAGACAAGUGAGGGAGAUCAAUCCGAUGAGACACCAUCAGAGCAGAAUCAAGCAGAAGAAAAUCUCAAGGAUACUACAGAACCUACUACUGAGCUAGUUUCCACAUAUGUUUCGAAGAUGCCGCCUAUUACUCAGCAAACAGAGCAUCUUCAGACAAGUGCUAUAGAUUUUUCAGAAACAAACGAGGUUGAAGUAAGCAGGCUUCUAGCUCACUUUCAAAUAGGCGCAGAGGUUGAGAUUUUGUCUACUGAUGACGAAAUAUGGUAUCCAGGAAAGGUUGUUGAUCUUAAACUGUGUGAAGGACUAGAGGAGCUGACAGUUGAGUACACGACACUCUUCACAGACCAACAUAGACUUCAGAAACUUCAGGAUACUAUCACGGCUGACAAAAUACGUCCUGCAACACCAACUAGUGACCAAAAAUCCUUUGAGAUGAUGGAUAAGGUAGAAGCCUUUUACAACAAUGGCUGGAGCAGCGGACAAAUUAGCAUGGUACUUGGUGAUAACACAUACUCGGUGUGUCUCUAUACUUCUAUGGAAACUAUUCUAUUCAAACAUUCAGAUUUGCGAAUUCAUAGAGAAUGGAAAGAUGGAGUCUGGAAGAUGGCAGAUAAGGUGAAGCCUGAUAAGAAAAGGAAAGCUGCUGCCUCAUCACAAAAUUCAGGAAUGGAUAAUGUUUUCCUAAGAAGGAGCGAGAGGGUGCCUAAACGAUCUAGAGACACAAAAACUCCAUUCAAGUCUGACAGAAAUCCGGCUUUAACUGUAAUACCUGAGAUUAUACCUGCAGUUGAUCCGUUUUCAACUCCUGCGGAACAUAAGCUUUCAAGGCUUCAAAAUUGGAUGACAUUAAAGCCCGGCAUGCAUGAAACGUCCCUAUCAAUCAAUGAUAAUAAGAUAAGGAAAUCUUUCUUUCAAAGCAUGGAAAAUGCAAAAAAGGACCUUAAGAAAGAGCACAUUGAUGGAGCCUUUGCAAUGCUAAAUUGCAGAAGAAAUGAGAAUGCUGCUUGGUUCCACAACUACAAGAUUCCAAAGGCGUGCUUCCUACCUAUGGAGUUCUUGCAUUGCUUGCUCUCUGAUGAUUUGGCUUACAAGAAAGAAAAGGUCAAAGGUAAAAAGAUUUUCAACGAUUUAUUUAAAGAUACUGUGAGAGGGAAGGUAUAUCCAGAGAAGACAUGGGGAGAAGAUGUUGAUGUUGUGUAUGGGAUUACUCUUGGAAAAAAAAGCAAUGUCUGGAUUGGGAUGGAAAUUCAUUUGAAGAAGAAAAGAAUCACAGUAUAUGAUUGUUUUCAAAAGGAAAGCAACAGCAUUGAUAUUCCUCAAGUGAAAAAGUUGGCAGUGUUGAUUUCUAAUCUGCUGGUGGAAUCUUCUGGUGAUGAGGUAGAUAAAGUGAAGAUGAUUCCAUUUGAGAUUGAGCAGGCACAAGGUUUACCCAAGACAAAACAUCCUUUCAACUGUGGGAUAUUUCUUGUCAAGAUUCUGGAGUGCCAGUCAUUGAAGAUAGGAGACAUGACAAAGAUUAAUGAUGACAAUGCAUUGGAGCUAAGGAGAACCUUGUCUUGUGAGAUCUUCAACCAAUUUGUGGAUGAGAGCUUUGGGAAAUGAGAAUGAUGCAUGAAAACAUUUUUUGUUUUAGUUAAGACUCGGUUUUAGUUAUGACUGUUUAUUUUGUUAUGUUGUUGGCGUCUGGUUACAUAAGAAAGAUUGGAAGGAUAUCAAGUA